AUGGAUGAGAAUGACACUGAGGAUCCUUCAGAGGAGGUGACCGACUUAGGUGUCCAAAAGUAUCAGACCGUGCAAGAAGAGAGCUUGGAGGAUGUACAAUUCCCCAAGGAUGUGGUGGAGGAGGCUCAGCAGGCCUGGUCGGCCUUUACGAUGGCUGCAACCAAGGAGGCCACAGGUGAAGCCCUCUACAGUGCCAUCUUCUAUGCUGCGCCUGCACUGCAGGGCCUCUUUAAGAUUCCCAGGCCAACAAUGGCCGCGAGGUUCAUGAAUGGUAUCAAUGCAGCUGUCGCUGCAGCUCACAAGCCCUCGACCAUGAGGGUGCAGGCCGAGGCUUGGGGCUUCCAGCAUUUCGACAUUGAGGUCACCGCCUUGCGCGGAGAUAUUUUUCGCGAAGCCAUUCUGGACGUCCUGGAUCUGGAGCUGGGUGGCCGCUUCAGCACCAAGGCCAAGCUGGGACUUGCCGCCAUCAUCAAUUACUUGAUUGGCGCCUGUGUCUUUGUUCGUCGAGAGUACGCCGAUCGGAUUCAUGUUUUGCAGCAAAGCUGGGACAUGGCCAACCACCAGGCUGUAAAUGCCACUGAGAUGGCUCAGGAGGACGGGCUCUUCGAGUCCUCCGAAAGAGAUCCGGAUGAGCAGCGCUUGGACUUAGCCGACAUGGCCUCUGGUAAGGAUGUGGAGGUGCCCACAACCUUUGCAGAGAUGUUCCACUUCAAUGCUGCGGUCAUGGGCUUCAACAGCAAAUGGAUGAAUUCCAUCCUUCAGCAAAUGGAUGACUUGGUCUCCAAUGCGGCUGCCUCUUACCGGCUCACCGAGGAGUGUUCAGUGCUCUCCCUGGUUUUGGCUCAGCACAGCCAGCCAGUGCUCAGUGAGUUCAAAGCGGUGCUCUUGGCCUCCUUGCGCUCCUUGGUGGCCAAGGAGUGGAGCACGCAGCACGAAGUGGCCUGGAACUGGUUCUGGGACAACAUUGUGCGACUCCUUAAGGUUCAGAUGAACGCCUUGGAGUUAUUCAUCACUCAGCUGAGUCCAGCCGAUUUGACCUUGCUCUACCGAAACAUUUACAAGAAGUUCUUCGAGCUGGCUCCUUCCGGGCAGGACUACUUCAAGCAAUCCUUGGCACGCCUGGAUUACAUCGCUGAUCAGAUCUUGGUGAUGUCCCUUGAGAUGUACAAAGAUCCUCGUGGCAUGGUUCGAAGGAUCUCUGCGCUGGGCCUCCGCCACGUGGGCUAUGCCAUUCCAACGGACCUCUUCCCACCCUUCGUGACAGCGGCGAUCGACGUGGUCCGCUCCAUGACCACGGUCGAUCAGGCAGAAAGCGCGUUUCGGUGGUCCUUGACACUGGUCUCCAAGAUUUUGGUUCGAAGCAUCAACGAAGGCUCCACUGUCGUUAUGAAGGCAGUGAAUACCAACCAGGGGAAGUCCCUGCGACGAGCUGUGGCCUUGGCCCCUCGCGGUCAGCGGAACAUGCAGAUGCUCAACGUUGAGGUGGGUACGGAGUCCAUUUCGCCUUUGUACUGGGCCAUUGAGACCGGCAGCCACAACGUGGCCAAGGCGAUGAUCAUUGACUUGCUCACCAUCCGAGCUGAUCGCGACAACUACUACUACGGCAAUGAAGCCUUGUUCACCCGCCAUCCAGAGAUCAUUGAAAAGCUUUGCCUGGAUGCUCCAGUUCUCCUGUGGCCUUUGUUGGAUGGUCUGAUUUGGCGCUCUCGCUUCGUCUCACAAGGCACUCGGCGGGUCAACUACUAUAUCCAGCACUUGGUACAGGACGCUGAUGGCAACAUGAACCAGGCUCUCCAGUGGAUGGCAGACACUCGUGAUCCAAAGUUGAUCACCCAUCCCAUCGUGGUCGUCUUCUCUGAUCUCAUGUGGAGCCGUUUAGUGAUGUAUCACUUCCUCACCGGGAGGGUGUGCUUUUUCUUCACCUUGAUCAUCUUCGUACUCGGUCAAGCUUUGGACAGCGAAGAACGUGUGGUGAUCUUCAUUUGCCGAGCCUUCAUCUAUGUCGGCGUCAUGCUCUACCUAUUGAUCCGAUUCGUUCGGCUCUGGGUGGCGGCCCUUCGAGCGAGGGACUUCGUGAGGAUCACCCGAUGGCUUUCGUGGCCAAAGUUCCUGUGCAGCCUUAAAGAGAUAUCUACCUUGAUGCUUUUGGCCUCCUUGAUUACCAUGUGUACUCAAGAACCUAUUUUCUGGUGCUUCAACCACCAGAGUGACACGUCUGGACCCUUCAGCAAUAGCUGUCCGGAGCUGGUACCCGAGCAGCAAAAGUCCUAUCAAGUGGUCUCAGGCUUCACAAUGUUGCUCUAUUGGCUUUUGGUGAUGGACGUGUCCAUUUUUUCCAUGCACAUCUUUGCUUACUAUUUGGUGAUCUUCCAAGUCCUCACGGAGAUCGCUCUCUUUAUGACCACUCUCUUCUUUCUGGUCAUGGCCUUUGCCACCUCUUUGAAUGCCUUGAAGCACCAGAUCCCUGCUCUCUCAGGCAUUGAUUCAGCUGCUUUGACUUUGCUGUUGAUCUCCUUGAAGCUCUUUUCAGCGCAGAACUUUGCAGAACUUGAGGCAUCUGUGUGGGUCUUCGUGGUGGUGUGUAUCUUCAUGGUUCUGGUGACCGCCUUUCUAUUGUACCUCGGUUUGACCGACCGCGUGGUCCAAUGGGACGUCAAGUUCGAGGGAAUGCUCUCAAUCCGUAGCCAUUUUGGCUCAAGGCGCGCUGGGUUCAAGCAGAGCGGUACUUCCAAAGCUGGUUGCCUUGUGGUGCAAUGGGUUCAUUCUUUGGCCGACCAACUCCCCAAGCUCAUCAAGCUGCGGGAAAUCCUUCAAGGCCUGCAACCAAAGCUGAAGUCGAUUUUUGCCUUUGGAAGAGAAAGUUUCAAGACCGAUGCCAUGAUCCCCCUGAGCUUUUUGGGUGCACUGUGGCAGAUCGUCAUCUUUGUGUUGCAAGAUUUUGAUCGAGACCCCUUGGGUUUGUACUCAUGCAUCGUUUCGGACGCUCCGCACAAGUGCAACCAGUGCAACCAUGAUGGAGCACCUUCAGUGAGGGCAGAGCACUUUGCAGGAUUUGUGAAGGUGGAACUCGUUGCUGACUUCUUGGAGGCCCUGAGACAGGAUGAAACUUUCUCAGAGGUUGCAGGAGUGGACCGCGUGCUUGCAGAGAAAGUACAGGCCCAGGAUGGCGCGGUCUUGGCCUUGCGACCUUCCGGGGAGGUCUUGAUGAAGAAGCUGGACACCGCCAGGCACCGCUUCUUAGAGGAGGGCUCCGGCACCGAGUGA